AAUCCCCAAAUCUGAUCUACUUCGCAAUCCGAUCGAUUCAGCGGCAGCGGCAGCAGAAGCAUCGGCCAUGGAUCGAGAGCCGGAGGAGCUUCAGUUCUUGGGCAUCGUCGGCAUCUAUCAGGAGGCCGCCAAGAUCCUCGCCGGCGGGCGUCGCCUCUUCGCCCAGAUCGCCGGCGCCCUUGUUCUCCCUCUCUCCUUCCUCUUCUUCGCGCAUAUCGCCAUCUCCCACCGCCUCUUCCACUCCAUCCGCCGCGAUGAGUACGUCCUCGACGACACCCCCCCGGGCUCCGCCUCCGAGUCCUCCGCCCUCCACCGCCUCGCCUCUGACUGGUCGGCCUUCCUCCUCUUCAAGGGAUUCUACCUCCUCGCCCUCCUCGUGUUCGCGCUACUGUCCACCGCCGCCGUUGUCUACUCCGUCGCCUCCAUCUACACAGCCCGCCACCGGGACCUCGCCUCCUUCCGCCAGGUCCUCACCGUCGUGCCCCGCGUCUGGCGCCGCCUCAUCUCUACCUUCCUCUGGGCUUUCCUCAUCCUCUUCGCCCAGCACUCCGUCGCCGUCUUCUUCUUCUUCUCUAUCAUGCUCGCCACCGGCGACGACUCCGCCGCCGGCCCCGCCCUCGUCAUCUUCUUCCUGAUCCCGCUCUACGUCGUCACCCUCGUCUACAUCAGCGUCGUCUGGCACCUCGCCAGCGUGAUCUCGGUCCUCGAGGACUCCCGCGGGCUGGAGGCGAUGCGGCGGAGCCGGCUGCUGAUCCAAGGCAAGCUCUUAAUCUCCUGCAUCAUAUUCGCGAAGCUCAACCUCUGCUUCUGGUUGGUGGAGUGGUGCUUCCGCCGCCUCCUGGAGAGCCGUCGCGCCCACACCGCAGGGUUCACCUGGCUGCUCGCGCUGCUGCUCCUCCUCCUCCUGGGGCUGGUGAUCCUCUUCGCGCUGACGGUGCAGACCGUGAUCUACUUCGUCUGCAAGUCGUACCACCAUGAGAGCAUCGACAAGUCGAGCUUGGCCGGUCAUCUGGAGGCCUACUUGGGCGAGUACGAGCCAUUGAAAUCUCAGGAUCUGCAGAUGGAGCAGGUGAAUGUUUGAUUCAUAUAGAUCCACACGAUGUAUGUUGCUAUGAUUUUGGAAUUCACAUAAAAAUUUCAACUUUCUGAUUC